AUGGCCUACCAGGGACACCAUGGCGGCUACGGCGAUGGACACAGGAUGAACGACUUGCCUCCCGGGGGUCAAUACGGCCAUCCAGAUACUCGAGGUCACGACUCUGAGGACGAGGAGGUCGAGCGCUCGCUCCUCCACCCAAAUCCCACAGGCGCUCGCCCUGGACCCUUCGACGACCAUGACGACCACUCGCAUAUGGGCCGCAGUCGGCCUGAUUCCACAUACAGCCUGAGCGAGACGUACGCCCAAGGUGCAACUCCUGCUCCCAGCUACCGAACCGGUGGCUACGCAGACGGCCCCGAAGUAUACUCUGGUCCUCAGGAGACCCUACAAGGGUAUGGAGGGCCUGUGGAUGACCCUGCAGCCUACGGUCAUCCCGGCAGAGCGCCAUCGCCGUACGCCAGCAGCGAGACCGGCUCAACAGAGGCAUGGCGGCAACGAAUGCAGCCUGGCGGUGCAGCCGCUCAGGCAACGGGCGCAGCGGGUCUCAAGCGCGCUGCUACGCGCAAGGUCAAACUUGUCCAGGGCUCCGUCCUGAGCGCCGACUAUCCAGUUCCCAGUGCCAUCCAGAAUGCCAUUCAGGCGAAGUACAGGAACGAUCUCGAGAGCGGCAGCGAGGAGUUUACUCACAUGCGAUAUACUGCCGCAACCUGCGAUCCGGCCGAGUUCACUCUGAAGAACGGCUACAACCUCCGACCGGCUAUGUACAAUCGGCAUACUGAGCUUCUCAUUGCUGUCACUUAUUACAACGAAGACAAGGUUCUGACCGCUCGGACCUUACAUGGCGUGAUGCAGAACAUCCGCGAUAUCGUCAACCUGAAGAAGUCGGAAUUCUGGAACAAAGGCGGUCCAGCAUGGCAGAAGAUUGUCGUCUGCUUAGUGUUCGACGGGAUCGAUCCUUGCGACAAGGGCACACUCGACGUACUGGCGACGAUCGGCAUCUACCAAGACGGUGUCAUGAAGCGUGACAUUGACGGCAAGGAGACCACGGCGCACAUUUUCGAGUACACGACUCAGCUGUCCGUAACGGCCAAUCAGCAACUCAUUCGGCCGCAUGACGACAGCCCAAGCACCUUACCCCCAGUGCAGAUGAUGUUCUGCCUGAAGCAAAAGAACAGCAAGAAGAUCAACUCGCACAGAUGGCUCUUCACAGCCUUUGGGCGCAUCUUGAACCCCGAGAUUUGCAUUCUCCUUGACGCUGGAACCAAGCCCGGCCCGAAGUCCUUGCUCGCUCUCUGGGAAGCUUUUUACAACGAUAAGGACCUCGGUGGCGCUUGCGGUGAAAUCCACGCUAUGUUGGGUAAAGGGUGGAAGAACCUCCUCAACCCACUCGUUGCAGCACAGAACUUCGAAUACAAGAUCAGCAAUAUUCUCGACAAGCCGCUCGAGAGCUCUUUCGGGUACGUCAGUGUGUUGCCCGGUGCCUUUUCGGCUUACCGUUUCCGCGCGAUCAUGGGCCGGCCGCUCGAGCAGUACUUCCACGGUGACCACACACUCUCCAAGCAACUUGGAAAGAAGGGUAUCGAGGGCAUGAAUAUCUUCAAGAAGAAUAUGUUCUUGGCCGAGGAUCGUAUUCUCUGCUUCGAGUUGGUUGCCAAAGCCGGUUCCAAGUGGCAUUUGACCUAUGUCAAGGCUUCGAAGGGUGAGACCGAUGUGCCUGAAGGCGCAGCAGAGUUCAUCGGCCAACGUCGGCGAUGGCUGAACGGCUCAUUCGCCGCCAGCAUCUAUUCCCUCAUGCAUUUCGGCCGGAUGUACAAGAGCGGCCACAAUAUCAUCCGCAUGUUCUUCUUCCACAUUCAGAUGCUCUACAACGUGUUCACAGUUUUCCUCUCCUGGUUCGCAUUGGCCGCGUUCUGGCUGACAACUUCCAUCAUCAUGGACCUGGUGGGCAAAGCGCCAACCGAGAAGGAUUUGGCAAUCAACCCGAAGUUUCCCAAUGCAUGGCCGUUCGGAAACACCGUCACUCCAAUCGUUAACACGGUGCUGAAGUAUCUUUAUCUGGGCUUCUUACUACUCCAAUUCAUUCUCGCCCUAGGUAAUCGCCCCAAGGGCUCCAGAUGGACAUAUAUCACCUCGUUCGUGGUUUUCGGUGUCAUCCAGCUAUACCUCAUCGUCCUGUCGAUCUACCUAGUCGUUCGAGCUUUCACCAAUCCGGACACCAAAGCUUUCGACACCGACUCAACCGAGGACUUUGUUAGAUCAUUCUUCUCAUCAGAAGGCGCGGGUAUCAUCAUCAUCGCUCUUGCCGCCACCUUCGGUCUCUACUAUGUCGCCUCCUUCCUCUACCUAGAUCCAUGGCACAUGUUCACUUCGUUCCCACAGUACCUCCUCAUCAUGUCCUCCUAUAUCAACAUCCUCAACGUCUACGCUUUCAGCAACUGGCACGACGUGUCGUGGGGCACCAAAGGCUCAGAUAAGGCGGAUGCCCUGCCUUCGGCCAAGACGGAGAAGGCAGCCGAUGGGAAGCACACCGUCAUCGAGGAAGUAGAUCUACCCCAAGCGGAUAUCGAUAGCCAGUUCGAGAUGACUGUGAAGCGGGCUCUGGCGCCGUAUCAAGCGCCCAAGGAGAAUACUGAGAAGACGCUCGAGGACUCGUACAAAUCCUUCAGAACGCAUUUGACGACCGCUUGGAUUUUCUCGAACGCGCUGCUGUCGGUUGCUAUUACGAGCGAUAACUUCAAUCAGUUUGGCUUUUCGGUAAGUUGA